AUGCCCAAGUUCGGCCACAGCUUCCGGAAGAAACACUUCUCCCAGGUUCCUGACCACGUCGUGCCUGUAAACAAUGGCUCCUACGGUCUUCCUCCAGAAGAGGUUAUCAGAGAGUACCAUUCUGCCUUCAACAAAGACGUGGCAUACCCGGACGAGUUUAUUCGCUUGCGCCAGCAGGAACAGUACCGGCGUGCGGUUCGCAGUGUGGCACCGAUUGUUAAGUGCGAACCGGAGAACUUGGCGCUAGUGGAGAACGCAACCACUGCAGUAAACACCGUUCUCCAGCUGGUAGAUUUGAAAAAGGGAGAUGUUGUGGUGAUGCCCACGUCGACGUACGGGGCGUGUGCCAAUACCGUGCGGUAUUUGCACGACUACAGAGGAAUUGAGUUUGUGUGGGUGGAGAUUGCCUACCCUGUGCUGGACGCACAAGUGGUUGCAAAAUUUCGCGCAGCGUUUGAGGAGCACAGGCCCAAGUUGGCGCUUUUUGAUGCCGUGGUGCUGAUGCCCGGUGUAAAGGUUCCGUGGGAAAGCCUCGUGGAUUUGUGUAGAGAAUUUGGCGUUAUUUCUUUGGUGGACGGCGCCCAUGCCAUUGGCCUUAUUCCGCUAGAACUCGAUGCUGUUGCACCAGACUUCUUCUGCUCCAACCUCCACAAAUGGUUCCAUGUGCCUCGAGGAUGUGCCCUUUUGUACGUUCACCCACGCUUCCAUCGGACCAUCCAAUCGCUCCCCGUGAGUCAUAAUUACGUUUCGCCAGAUGCAGAGCUCACCAAGGAAGAAGAGGCGGAUUUGCUUUUCCAUAAGUUCGCCUUUAAUGGCCUGCGCACUUUUGCAGCCAUUGCAACGGUGCCCAAAGCGAUAGAAUUUAGAAACGAAAAGGGCGGGGGAGAGGAGAGUAUUCGGAAGUACUGCUAUGAGUUGGCUGGGAAAGCAGCUCAGAUUGUGUUGAAGCAGUGGCCCGAAGCAAAGAUCGUCGAGAACAAGGAAAAGACCCUCUCCAACGCAAUGGUCUCGUUUUUCUUGCCUAUAGAAGAGUACUCGAAGGACUUCGAUGCAAAUGACUCAGCAGCGUUGGCAAAGUUAAUAGAAUUCGUUUCCGAAUGGCAAUUGACCCGCAGACACACUUUCGUGCCCAUCAAUGGCCAUGCUGGGAAAGUGCUUGGUCGUCUUUCCGCCCAGCUAUACAACGAGCCUGGCGAUUACGUUUACGCCUGCAAGGCACUAGAUGCCGCCCUUAAAGCGUACUUCCAAGACAAUCUGAAGCUUUAG